AUGCUGCUGCCUACAUUCUCGCCAUUUAGAAGGAUCUUGGGACCUUUUGCUAUUAACAAUAGAGCUGGCUGUUCAAAGGAUGCUCUACCAACUCAUAUCCUCGAUCCGGAUGGCGAAGUUAUCAUAGUUUUGAGCGAUCCUAGUCCUCCUUUUGCGGUGUGGAACGAAGAAAUGAUUCCCAAUGAGCUCUCUGAGGACCAUUCUGAACCAAGGAUUCACUGCGAGAGCCACAGACGGGAGGCCGACGUCCCACGAGGCUCGAGUCCACAUAAGGAGAAGAAAAGGAAUCUCAAGAAGAAGAAGAAAAGGUCCUCCCACUAUACUCGUGACCAUGUUCUAUUUGAAUCCAGCAAGCCGUGUAUAGAAGAGAACAUUGAAGUGCCUGCCGAAACACCUGUUGAAGAAGCCGCCGAAGAGCCUGCCGAAGAGCCUGCCGAAGAGCCUAACGCAGCUGAAUUUGAUGGUGGGCGCUCAGAUUCAGAACAUAGAGGCACUUAUCACGGACCUGUUGACGAGAACUGCGAUUACAAUCAAGACGGUACGGAGCAGUAUGAUAGUGACGAAGCCUUGUCCGAGAGGGGCUACCGGAUCCAAGUAUCGGCGAAGCAUUUGACCCUUGCCUCUCCCGUUUUUAAGAAAACACUAUUGGGGAAUUGGAAGGAGAGUGUGACUUUAUUGCAAAAGGGCUCCGUUGAAAUUCUUACAACGGGCUGGGAUAUCGAAGCAUUCUUAAUCUUGCUUCGAGUUUUACAUUGUCAGCCCAAUGAUGUACCUCGGAAGUUAUCUCUCGAGAUGCUUGCUAAAGUCGCUAUAAUAGCAGACUAUUAUAAAUGCAAGGAGGCGAUGGGGCACUUCCUGGAUGUAUGGAUUGGAAAGUUAUCAGCAAUUCCGGCGAACUAUUCUCGGGAUUUAAACUUGUGGUUAUGGAUUUCCUGGGUGUUCCAACUGCCAAGCCAGUUCAACGAAGUGACCUCAAUAGCUAUGUCGCAGAGUCCAUGUCGGAUUAGUAGCCUAGCGCUUCCAAUCCCCGAAAACAUUCUCGAUGCAGUAAAUUACGGGAGGGAGAAUGCUAUCCAAAAAUUAAUUCUCCUUCUUCAUAAGGAACACCAGACCUUGCUAUACAACGGAAAUUGGUGCAGCUUUGAAUGCAGGUCAAUCAUGUAUGGUGCUCUCACACUGGAGAUGCAAUCAAAUGAAUUGUACUCGCCAAAGCCCGAGGCUCCUUUCCCGGGGUUGAGUUACAACGGACUCGUGCAGAGGGUGCUUUCGUUUAAAUCGCCGAAAUACCGUUCGCGCUCAGGGCUUUUCAAGUAA